UUAGAUAAAGAAAAUGACAGGCUUAGGCCAAGAUCUACAAAAUUACCUCUCGAGAAGUAACAAAGAAACAAAUAUCUCAGUAUCAGAUGACUCAAGCAGUACAGGUUUUAGCCUAGGAAGGCUAAAUUUUUUCAAUAAGUCCGAUAAAAGCUCUCAAAAUGAUUCUAAUGACGUGGCAAAUGGAUGGUUUUCUCAGGCACAGAAAGAUCCGUAUUUACCAAGUCUUACAAAGAAACAAAGAAUCUUGGGAUUUAUACUAUGUUUAUUGAUGGGAACAUUCUGUUUUUCAUUGGCAAGUUUAUACAUUCCAUUACUGAUACUGAAAGCCAGGAAGUUUGCAGUUCUAUACACAUUAGGCAGUUUAUUCAUUAUAUCUAGUUUUUCGUUGUUAUGGGGACCAAUGAAUCAUGUAAAACAUUUAUUCUCUGUUGAGAGAUUACCAUUUACAACAGCAUAUUUUGGAUCCAUGUUGGCAACAUUAUAUUUUUCACUUUGGUUAAGGAGUACAGUGUUGACAGUAAUAUUUGCUGUUAUACAGAUAUUAGCAUUAGUUUGGUACAUUGUGAGCUACAUACCUGGAGGACAGACAGGACUGAAAUUUUUCUCAAAAAUAUUUUAUGCUGCAGCAUCAAAGACAGCUUCUAAAACACUGCCAGUAUAGCAGCAAUGUGCAGUAUUAGUGUUAGGAAGGAUUUCAUUAUCAGGAACAAAGGGACAUAACUUGUGAUAAUGUUGGUUACAAUCAUUUAAAAAUAGAUUUGUGUCUUGCAUACCCUGUUCAAAGUUUCAGAUAAAACUCCACACUAGAAUUCUGAUAGUGGUGUUGAUGAAGAGAAAAUGUAAAUUAUUGAAAAUAACAUUUUAUUUAUUGUUGCUAUAAAAGAAUUUUGAAGAAUGUUUUUUUUUUUAAGUUUAAUAGAUUUUAGAUUUGAUGCAAGAUGAGCUAUUUCGGAAGCUCAGAUAUGAUGAAGGAGUUGAGAAUUAUUCAUUCAUUUUAAAUAUUUUACCAGCUUUAAUUCAUUUCAUCCCCAACACCUCAAUCAUUUCCCCAUGUUGAAUAUCACUAGGAUUUAUACAAUUGUUAACGGGAUGUUACAGUGAAAAAUCUGUCAUACAUAUAAAAUUAUCUUUUUGUUUUAUAAACAUUUUUAAUGAUGUAAAAGUGGUUUUUGUUGUUGAAGCAAAAUUUACUUCUUUUUUUCCAGAGCAUUAGGUCCCCCUGUUACAUCAACAGAAGUGUUCUAUAUAUUUAUAUAAGAUAUCAAUAAGGUGAAAAAAGUAGACACUUUAUUUUCCAAUUUAUAAAUGUGCGGAAAUACUCAUAUAAAUGAAAGAUCUGGGAUAGAUGUCAUUGAUGCAAAAGAAGAAAUAAAGUGAUGAAUAAUUCUACAAUAUAUUCUUUAUUAAUUUUGUAAUUAAAUUUAAUUAGAAAUAAAAAAUGAAAUAUUUAUUGAAGAUAGGAUUUUUUUCUUCAAUUUUGGUUAAAGUUUGUAGGAAAAUAUUUGUCAUAGCUCCUUUAAAAGGGCAAAUUCAUGUUUGCCAAUUUGACUCAAAUUCUCGUAUUUGAUUAAUAACAUACAAAGCAUAUAUCCAAAAUACAAAAAAGUCUUAUAUAAAGAUUAACCAUACAUGAACUUGAUAAUAUUUUGUGUGUAUUUUUGACUAGACGUCAUCUAAUUUACCAUCGAGAUGACCUCCGAAGACUGCCGAUGGUCAUUUAACCAAAUAAAAACAUAAAUAUAAACAAAAAGCGACCACAUGCAAUUGGAUUUUUCUAGGUCUGUUUGAUUUCAUAUUGUAGGUUAAAAAGUAUGUUUUUCAUCGUUUUUACCUGUAUAAGAAUGAUUUUUUGUGGAUCGAAUCAGUCAACCAAAUGGUUCAUCCUUGUUUCACUUUCAAUGUUGACAUUCUUUUCCUUUUAAUACCUGAAUACAUGUGUGACCCAUCUCCAGCGAAGGGGUUAAAUUGAAGGUCACUUGAAUACGGAUUCAAUGAGAUCGUAUUAUUCACUUGCAAUUGAAUAAUUCAUCAACAAUGUUUCUAAGCUUAUUUUGACAAAACUGAACCAAACUGGCUGCUAGAAGCGAAUUGUUAUUUA